AGCUUUCAAAUCUUUAGUGAAACGAUAUAGAUGGCCGUGACUUUGGAUUUUAAAUUUUAAGGUUAUAUUUAUAGAAGUUCCAUAAAUCAAGUUGCUAUUUUUAUAUUUCCAGAAGUGUUUGCAAAUAGAGUGUUUGAAUUCCUUUUCAUAGAUAAUCAUAAUUCAUUGGAUAAAAAUUUAUUUUUAAUUAUCAAUAAGUAAUAAGAAAUUCAAGCUAAAAUUUCAUCGUAAAAAAGUAUGAGGAUGUAGGGUAACAUUGAGUCCUUUUCAUUCUAAGUCCUUCUACUCUUUAGAUUUAUUAUUCUUAUAUUAUAAAAGUAAUAUGAAGUGCAUUUGGAAAAACAUUUUUAAAAGAAGAUUGUACUUCGGAAAUGUGUUACCAGUUUCUACAAAUGUCAAUACAAGCUUUGAAAACAGAUUAUGCAAAUACACAACUUUGUGUAAGUCGAAUUCAAAGGGAAAACCGGCAAUAAGUAAUCCAUUGUUUGUGCAUUAUUCAAUUUCUGAGACAAGUGAAAACCAAUCUGAUACCAACCCAAUUUCUAGUAAAUUAUUCAAAGAGAUUGAAAAUGAGUCGUUUCAUGCUUACAUGACCAAUAAUGCAAAUUAUCAGAGUACAACUCACAAAUACAUAAAACGGACUGAUGAAGUGAUAAGUAAAGAGGAAUUUGAACGUAUUAUUGCUAUUGAUAAAUGGGCAGAUAAAUCAGUUGAUGAAUUUCAUUUGAGUUUUUUGAAAGCCGCAAACUAUGCAUCCAAUGUCCUUCAUCAGCCAAUAUCAAAUGACAAGUUUACUUCUUUGAGCUUAGGUUUAAGAAGUCAUUGCGAAAGAUUUAAUCUUGAACAACUUAUAGACAUUUUUGAGUGCUUUAGAUAUUGGCAAGAAACGCAGGGAACUAAGGCUAAAAAUUUCCAAAUAGCUUUUCAAUCUCUAGAUCAUGCUUGUAUGUUAAAAAAAAAUGAGUGGGACUUCGAAACCACUAUGAAAGUGAUUGAUCUUUGGUUUGGGCUCAGACUGACCAGACUCAGUUUAUUUGUCAAGAAAGCUAUUUCAAGAUUGAUUGAGAAGCCUAAGAGGUUAUCACAUCACAACAUAGUGCAGGUGUUCUUCUAUUUGAAUACGUUGAGGGCGUUGCCACAAGAAAUAUCACUGAUCAACAUGGAAUUUGAGCUGGAUCACUGCAUCAACAAGCUGAGUUUGAGUGAAGUGGGUAUUGUGGCUUUGGGAUUCUUCAAAUCUCAGAAGAAAAUAAACUCAAGAACGCUCCUGAACAAGAUGAUAUUGACAUUUUUGGACAAUGUUGAGAAUGUUGAUAUAAUUAGUACAGCAGCAAUACUCAAGUUUAUAAGAUACACGUGUAGAGAAGACAAUAUUCCGUUGGUAAUGGAGUUGAUUGACAAGCUAGUUCCAAAGAUGGACAAAUUCACGUUGCAGACUAAUUUACAUCUCCUGCUGGUUUGCGUUGACUGCAGAAUCGAUAACUAUGAAUGUGUUUCAAAAUUUAUGGAAAUGUUUUUAGCUGAGCCAAGAGCUGCAAGACUUAAGGAAAUGGAAAAGCUGGCACUCGCCAUCGCCAGAUUCAGUUAUAAUUCAACUUUGGCCAAAGAAACGAGUCGAGUGAUUCUCGCGCAGCUGAAGGAUACUGAGAGAAGAGAAGAGUUGGCGGUGCAUGGCCGGGCCUUCAUAAAGUGUGUCAGCAGUUUAGCCGAUUAUGGACUUUUCGACAACCAACUCAUAGCGACAGUGCUCAAUGAACGAUUACUCAAAGAAUAUUACGGUUCCAAGUAUGCAAUGGACACAGAAGUAAUUGCUCUUAAUAAUGCAGUCGAGUUGGAAAUGCCUGAUUAUAAAGGAGACAAACUUGAUCCAAAAACUGCAGCCUUCAUUAGUAAAAAAUGCAGCCUGAUUGAUCUAUCAAUGAAGUAUCGCGUAAAGAAGGAUUCUUUAAUUAUUCUGGAAUUACUUGAAACAGUCGCACAAAUAUGUCAACCUACAUGUCAUAAAUUGAAAUACAUACUUCCACAUUUCAAUCGACCAGAUAUGAUUGUGAAUGUUACCAACGAUUUGAAGUUCAAACCAUUGCCACAGAUAGUAAUGGACCAGGAAAAUUUUUCGGGAAUAAUCAGAUGCCCGAAUGGCGUGCGAUUGUUGGCUAUGGUCUGUGCCAGCCGAGGCAUGUUUACGCAUGGCACACAUGUUCUCCUUGGUCAUUACAAAAAGAAGUUGCAUCAAUUGACUUUAAUUGGAUAUCACCCAGUUCUGGUGCCGUACUAUGAAUGGGACAAUUUGAAUUCCAAUGAUAAAAAAAUCGAAUAUAUACAUGGAAAGAUAGAGCUGUCAAUCAAAGAGGAGUCGUCGAGUGUCAAAACAUGUCAAAGUGGAGUUUAAAUUGAAUACAACGUGAACUAAAUUGAAUGUAUUCGGCCUUAAACUCCCACUUCUAAACUAAAUAACAGUAGUGAUGAAUGCAACUAUAGUAGAAUACUUGUAAAGUAUGAAUAAAUUUUUUUAUUGAAUUAAAAGGAUAUUUUGUAAAUAGAAUAAAGCGUUUUAAAAGUAUAUGACA